UUGACACAGCUAAUUAAAUUUCGAAGCAGGUAUAACUACAAAUGUUCCAUUGGCUUUUUGCUGUUUCUUUGGUUAUUAAUUUUUCUGUAUACUUCGUUUUCUCUGCUAGCAAACAUUUCGAAGUUUUUUGAAGGCGACAUUGUGCUUGAUCCUGAAUUGGAGGAAGACAUAAGACAUGGCGCGAACUCAAGAAAUGGUCUAAGAACGCGCAAGAGGCUGUGGACCAGUCGUAUUAUACCCUAUCACAUUCCUUCGUGGAUGAGUCAUAUAACUUCAAAUGUGCAACAAGUCAUAAAAGAUUUUCACAGCAAGACAUGCCUGCGGUUUGUGCCUUACCACGGGGCGUAUCAUAAAAACUACAUUACGUUUUCAAACACGGAUGGGUGCUCGUCGAGGGUUGGAAAGAGGUACGCUGAGCCUGGGAAGCAGAUCAUCUCUAUUGCGGAAGGUUGUAAUUGGGUGGGGACAGUAAGGCACGAGAUGAUGCACGCCGUAGGUUUCUUCCACGAACAGUCACGAUCCGACAGAGAUAAAUAUGUGAAGAUAUACUGGCACAACAUUUUGGAUGUUGCCAAAGAUCAGUUUGACAAGUACAGUUGGCGAACGAUUGAUGAGUUGGGCGUGUCUUAUGACUAUCAAUCCGUUAUGCACUAUAGUCGAAGAUCGUUUACGAAGAACGGUAACCCGACCAUUGUAGCUAUCGGUAACGAGAACAUGGAGUUUGGUACUCCAGAGGGCAGAUUCAGUGCAAGAGAUGUGGUGAAAAUAAACGCUUUAUACGACUGUAAGACUAAAUCAUAUGGUUGGACGUCAUGGUCGGGUUGGACACCAUGUGAUGACAAUUGCUAUCGUACCCGUGAGAGGUACUGCUACCAUUCAGGCAACACACAAUCUUGUGGUGGAAAUGUAAAUGGGUACGGAGUGGAAAUAGACAAACAAAAGUGCCUGCCUUCUAUAUGUCCAGCCCCUAUCGAUGGUAAUUGGGGUCGCUGGUCGGAUUGGGGCUCCUGCAGUAAGACAUGUAACGACGGCGUUAGAAGACGAGUCCGCAAGUGUAACAAUCCGCCACCUGGUCACUACGGGAAACCUUGCGCUAGCAGUGGAUACGAAAGUAAAAUGUGUAUCUUAAAAAGGUGCAAUCUUGAUGACGACGACGUGGACUUUGAAAAUUCUCGUCUUGGGAUGUGGAAGAAUUCUUAUAUAGAUAAACUGGACUGGCAAUUUCACAGUGGACAUACACAAACUAUCGACACAGGUCCCAGUAGAGAUCACACAUCUGGGUCAGGACACUACCUUUACGUGGAAUCUUCAUACAGAAAACCUGGAGAAAGAGCUGAUUUAGUGAGUCCGUGGAUAGCAGCUAAAAAUGGAGGACAGUGUCUGAAGUUUUACUACACCAUGUAUGGUAAAACAAUGGGUACCCUAGCAAUCAAGCUGGAACAAUCGAACGGUGUAAGCUGGUUAAUAUUCUCCGAAAAAGGAAACAAAGGCAUGGGUUGGAAAAAGGGUAUUGGUAAGAUUGACGUCGAUGUGGGAUUUCGGUACCAGCUCACGAUACAAGGGAUAAUUGGUCAGCGAGGAUACUCUGAUAUUGCCAUUGACGAUGUGUACAUAGACGAUGGGUUGUGCAAAUGUCAAGAUGACUAUCACACAUGUCACAUUUGGGCGGCUAAAGGAGAAUGCGCCUCUAACGAAGUCUGGAUGAAGCGACACUGUAAGAAAAGUUGCAAGGUUUGCCAAGGAGCCAGUUCCAGUUGUGAGGAUAACAGUAAACACAAAGUCCAUUGUCCAGGUUGGGCUAAGAACGGCGAGUGUCAGAAGAACCCUGGCUUCAUGAAAGUUAACUGUCGAAAAAGCUGUAACACUUGUGGAGUCACUCUCCCCAGUCCUAGUUGUCAGGAUAGUGCUAAACACAAAGCCUUGUGCCCGGCAUAUGCUAACAAUGGGGAGUGUCAGAAGAAUACGGUCUUCAUGAAAGUUAACUGUCGAGCAAGCUGCGGCGUCUGCGUUCCUGUGUGCAAAGAUUCGCAUAAAAGUUGCCCCGGGUGGGCGAAACUUGGGGAAUGCAGCAAAACUCCAGCUUACAUGAAGGCAUACUGCAAGUUGAGCUGUAAGCAGUGCUGAGGCAUGUAAUUCACCCAACUACUGAUCACUGAUCAUGAUUAUAAUAUAUGAAUGUUUUAAUAAGUAAUUGGUCGAUCAAUCGAUCGAUCAAUCAAUCAAUUGCUAAAUCAAUCAAUCAGUCAAUCAAUCAAUCAAUCAAUCAACCGAUCGAUCAAUCGAUCAAUCAAUCAAUCAAUAAAAAAGACCAACCCGAAGUGAUCUUAACUACUUUUUCAGGCUUAAAUUAAAUUUUCUGGGUUAUGAAACAGCUGUAAAUCUGAUUGAACUAUCGGUUACCUUCCUGUCUAGGACGUUGGUAGUAAAUAAAUAGGGACCUUACACAACGGCAACGCGGCAACGAGUACGUCGCCAAACACCAGGCGUAAUGAUACAAUGACCAGAACAAUUGAUCUUCACGUGCAUUAUGCACCUUUGUCCAUUUUCUCUAUUGCGUUAGGAAAGAAGCCAACAAACAAGGAAACAGGGAAGUUAACUUGUCCGUUAUGGAGAGUGCCGAUAAAAAAUGAACAACGCUAAGGAAGUUAUAUCUAACCAUAAAGGAAGGAAUGAAAACGACUCAUUUCUUAGUCAAAUGUUGUGAUCGAUAUUACCCUAAUUUUGACAUUGUAGGUAAACUAUAUUGGCAGAGAGAAAUAGUGGAUUACCCUGGCUUAGUGAGCUUUAUCGGUGUGGUUCAAUCGAUCAUUCUGGUGAUGUGAUUUUAAGUAAAAUGUAUGCCUGAACUUAUGAAUAAAGUCUGUAAAAAUUAAAUUAUCUUGUGACUUACAUUUAAAUCGAUUCACCAAUUCAUUGAUUAAACGUCAAAGAAACUAGGUCUCUUAUAAGGAAAUCAGGAGGAACCGGAAAAUUACCUAUUUUUUGGAUUCCCAAAUAUUUUAUCAAAAAAUUUUAGCAUCCCUGCCCGAGUAAGAUUUUUGGCAAUUUAACGUCAAUGUCGCAUUUCCCAAAAUUCGACCCAAAACACGAACUGAAGGAAUCUGGUCGCGACACUUUCAUUUCAUUCACAAAAUAAGGUCGGUGAACAUUAAAGUAAGUCUAUUUCCAACAUUUUAAGGAGCUUACAAACAUCAAGUGCUUUAUUUUAAACGGUAUAGGUCGGCCUGCAACCAUUCCGGAGAUUUUUAAAUGGCAUAGUGAAAUGAAAGUAAUUCGAGUUCCUUUGUUAGAGGUCAUCCAGUGUGGCGGUGUUGACGUCAGUUGGAAAUGAACUAUGGCUGAUAACGUUAACGAAAAUAACUGGUGCUUGGAGGCAACCCAAUAUCAGGAUAUGCAGUUUAAAAGGGAACCUGCUCGAUCGAGUUAUUAUUUCUUGCCAAUCUCACACCAAUCUCGUAUUUCCCAUAACACAAACUAUCUGAUGGCAACACUUUCAUUUUUACUCACAAAAUAACAAUAAGGCCAUGAAGUUUAAAAGUAAGUUUAUUUUCCACCUUUUAAAGAGCUUACAAGCAUUUAGCACUUUAAAUGGUUAGAACCCUUACUCUGACUUAUUUUACUAUAACCGUAUCUUUAUCAAUUUCCUAUACUGCUCUGGUAUCGCAUUUCGCAACCGGUUGAAUGUAACGAAAUUUUGCCCUAGGCUCAAGUGAUGUCACCUUUCAGAUCAUCAAAGUUGAUGUGACCCCAACCACCAGAGCUGUUGUCGACCAGUCUGAUUUGUGCCUUUUGACCAUAGAACUCUUUGACAUCCCAGGUCACCCUUUCCAUUGUCUCGGUGCAUUUACCGGUCACAGUCUUCUACACCUGAAGCGUGAGAGUAAAUAUAUUUGAAAAGCGAUGCAACUUAUUCUGAUAUAUCCGGGCAUCGAAAAUCCAAGAAGACGACAUAUUUCAGAACCACCCGGAACAUGCCGGACUAGUAAAAAUAAAGCAAGAAAUUAAAAAAGGGAAGAAAAAUUGAGUCAGUUAUUUAGGUCAUUAUCCAUUGAACAAUAGUUUGCUUGUAUAGAUAUCAAAUAA